AUGUUUGCAACAACAUCGAUAUCAACAGCAGACGAAGCACAACUCUCCGGCGCUGUAAAAUCCAUUGGCAAUGACAUUGGGCCACUUGAUAUGGAGUCAGCAUCACCCACAGGGUUAUGGCCCAAUUCUAGAAAGCCAUCUAUACCUGAUUCGCCCAUGCUAUACCCACUGGAAUGCAUACAAUCCAAUCCAUUACCACCGGCACAUCAUAGAAGGUCAUCCAUAACCUCGGAUAUUCGACUUCGACAACAGCCUUCACAAUAUCAAGCACGACGUCGCACAACUACACCUGAUUUAGGAACAUUGAAUGCUGAGGAACAAGCGGCAUUGGAAGCAGAGAUCACAGCGAGAAGACAGGCUCGUCGUGCCUCUAAACGAUUACAGAGUGGAUCAUAUGUAGAUUGUGAUGGUUACAGGGACAAUGAUGAGGAUGAGGAUCAAGUAGUGAUUGGUACUCGUGUGUCAGAGGGCCAUCGUAACUACCAACUGAUGUACGACAUGUUGACAGGCAUCCGAAUAGCAGUUGGUCGCGUAUCUGCAAAGAUACGUAAAGAACUAGUCAAUGAUGAUUUCUCUGCAGCGCAUAAACUAGUGUUUGAUGUCACUGGAAACGAACUAACGCCAGGUGUCAAGUACGAUUUUAAAUUCAAGGAUUAUGCUCCUUGGGUAUUUCGAUAUCUUCGAGAAAAGUUCCAUAUUGAUGCUGCUGAUUACAUGAUGUCCUUGACCAACAAGUACAUUUUAUCAGAGCUUGGCUCUCCUGGAAAGAGUGGUAGUUUCUUUUACUAUUCUAGAGAUUAUCGGUUCAUCAUCAAGACCAUUCAUCAUUCGGAGCAUAAGUUUAUGCGCAAAAUACUAAAGCAGUAUUAUCAGCAUGUCUGCGAAAAUGCCAACACACUGCUCUGUCGCUUCUACGGCUUGCACAGAAUCAAGUUGCCGCAUGGAAACAAGAUCCAUUUUGUAGUCAUGGGCAAUGUGUUUCCUAGCAACAAAGAUGUCCAUGAAACGUACGAUUUAAAGGGAUCCACAUUCGGUCGAGUGACAACAGAGGAAGAGAUACAAAAGAACCCGCAUGCUGUCUUAAAAGACUUGAACUGGGUGGAGAGAAACAGAAAACUGGAGUUUGGCUCCAUCAAAAGAAACUUGUUUAUAUCACAACUACACAAGGAUAUUGCAUUGCUGGCAAGAUUGAACAUUAUGGAUUACAGUUUGCUGAUUGGUAUCCACGACAAUGUGAGAGGAAACACAGAAGGCAUUCGAGAUACGCACUUGCACGUUGUGAUGCCUCACACCAAAAGCCUGGAGAGAUCAUUGCCCACUCGCAACGGUCGAAGGGAGAGUAAAGCGGAUAUUGUAAGAAAGGCCAUUCGACAGGCUAAUCCUGUGCAGUUGGAUUCUUCGCAGUUGCCAGAAACACCGUCUGAUGAGAGGAAAUAUUGCGUUUUUUACUCGGAGGAUGGUGGAUUCAAAUCAACAGACGACAAUAAUCAGACGACAGACAAGCUCUAUUUCUUGGGCGUUAUUGACAUCUUAACACCUUAUAAUUACAUUAAAAAAUGCGAGCAUUUUAUAAAGAGCUUUACACAAAACAAGAAUACCAUCUCUGCUAUCAGUCCUGAGCUGUAUGGACAGAGAUUCAUUCACUUUAUUGAAAAUGCAGUUACCAGCAAUCACAAAAAGCUCAAUUAG